AUGCUCCGACGCACACUCAUCCGCCUAACCCCGUUCCGCCCCCGCACCCGCAACUAUGCCACCGUCGACACCUCCGACCCCUACCGCUGGCCGACGCACACGCACCCCACACCGUACGACAUCCUCGAGAUCCCGCCGAAAGGCGUGUACACCAAGACGCGCUACCUCGAGCUGAUCAAGCUAUACCACCCGGACCACCGGCACCACCACCUGCGCUCCCACACUUCGCACCUUGAGCGCUUCCGGCUGACCGUCACCGCGCAUCGCCUACUCUGCGACCCCUCGCGGCGCGCCGCCUACGACCGCUACGGUGCGGGCUGGCACCAUGCGCCCCCUGGCGCCUUGGGCUCACAGCCACUGACCCCAGAGUCCGCGAAAUGGUGGCAGCAGCGCGAGGGGCACUCGCCGUUCGCGUCCGAGUUCGCGCACGCGUACGGGCGCGGCGGGCCCGAUGACACGGCUGCGAACGGGAACUGGGAGGACUGGGAGCGGUGGCGAGCAGCGCGGGAUCAUCCGCCGCAAAAGCCUUUGCUCACGAACAACGGCGCGUUCGUUACCAUCGUCGUGAUCCUGGCGUGUGUCGGCUCGCUCGCCGAGCUGAAUUAUGUGGGCGGGAAGAGCGAGCAGGCCGUCGAGAUGGGCGAAAAGAGGAGUGUUAUGCUGGGACAGGACCUCGCGAGGAGAAGAAGGGAGGCUGGCGUCGAUGGGCGUGAGGAGAGGGUUAGGAGGUUCCUUAUCAUGAGGGAUCCGAAACCGUUGGAUACUCCGCCGCCGCCGGUGAGGAAGGGACGUGGCGGAGAUGGGUAG